AUGGGGUUCAAGUCCAGGGUGGAGGGCGAGAAAGCAGGCGAGGUGCUCGUGGAACUAUCUCUCGCCGGCGCGAGCCCCACCAGCGGCACACCUACAGGUUCCUCGACCUCCUCGGGCUCACAGCCAGCCGCUUCGUCUCCAUACCCAACUCCUCCCUCACCGGCCUCUUCUUCUGGCUCUGCCUCGAGCAAGGGCAAGGAGCAGAGCGAGGCCGCGCCCAUCUUCAUCCUCACGCUCCUCUCGCGCCAGACGCCUGACAACCGGCUCACCCCUCAGCUGCUCACGGCAACUCUCGCAGCACUGGAGCACCUGAGCGAUCUCUGGGAGUCCUCACUGCUGCCCGCCCAGCCAUCGCCUCCCGCAGCACCCAUUGGAGCGGCCCUGGUGAUUACGGGCACCACCUCGGGCGCCACCAGCAAGUUCUUCUCCAAUGGACUGGACUUCGAGAGCGCAAUUACCACCAUGGGCUUCUUCGACCUCUACCUCUUCCCCGUCUACGAGAAGCUCAUGACAUUCCCUAUACCUGUGGUAGCCAGCAUUGGAGGCCACUGUUUCGCGGCGGGGUGGGGUCUGAUGGCUGCUUGUGACUAUGCUGUCAUGGGUGGGAAGGGUUUCAUGUCUAUGAACGAGAUCGACUUUGGCGCUCAGAUCCCUCCGGGACUCUUCGCUCCCCUCUCCAAGCGUAUCGCCCCUUCACCCUCUCUGCGCAACCGCGUCGUCCUGCAAGGCGAGCGAUUUCCAGGCGCCGAGGCGCUCAAGUGUGGGUUCAUCGACGAGCACCUGCCCCAAGCUGGGCCGAAGGAGGUGCUGGAUCGGGCUGUUGAGCUGGGUAGAAAGUGGGCCAGCAAGAGUGGAAGGGGAGUCUGGGGAGAGAAUAAGGUGAGUGAUAGCGUAGCGCUGAGCAACGAUGGAUCGGUGGCGCUGGAGCCGAGGCUGACCACUCAAGUCUUGGUCCCAUUGCUGCUCGUAGCGCAUCAUGUACACCGCCCAGCUCGAGGUACUACGCACAAAGUACGAAGUUACACUCAGCAAGCUCUGAGCCGGGACUAUAGUGGGGACUCACGCAGUCGUGCCCUAGCUUGUCGAUGCAACCUGUCGCUUCCACAGUGCUCAAUUCUCUUCUCUGUAUACCUGAUGCCAUAUCUGACUUUAUCCGUGCCCGAACGACGUUAA